AUGCGGUUAUUCGCAACAGGCCGAGCCCUGCGCGCCAGCAGUGGCCGCUGGUCAAUUGCUUCAACCCGACCCCGAACCGCCAUUCCGCGAUCCCUCCCGCUGAAGCCGAUCACCCUCACCCGCAAUUGGAGCUCAGCCCCAGCCCGGCAAACCAAUGAGCCAAAGAGCGCAGCUUCCCAAACAUCAAAGCAACCCUCCAGCCUCAAGAUCGAAGGCGACAGCUACAAAACCGAUCAAUGGACCAACACCCCCGACACAAUUCUCUCCCACGUCGGGCGCCGCCUCUACCUCGACGAGAACCACCCACUCGCCAUAACACGCAAGCUAAUUGAAAGCCAAUUCCCAGCGCCCAGCUACGGAAACUACUCAGAGAAGAACCCAGUCGUCUCCACAAAACACAACUUUGACGUCCUCGGUUUCCCAGCAGACCACCCAGGCCGCAGCCGCACAGAUACAUACUACGUAAACGACAAGACAGUUCUGCGCACGCACACAAGCGCCCACCAACAAGCCUACUUCCAACAAAUUGCCCGCAAUGAAAAGACCCGCCCAGAAGAAGUCGGGUACACCGUCAUCGCAGACGUCUACCGUCGCGACGCAAUUGAUCGCAGCCACUACCCCGUCUUCCACCAGAUGGAGGGCGCAAUGCUAUGGAAACGGCCAGCCACCAACCCACUAGCAGCGUCGAAAGAAACAGCCGCUAGGAUCCUGGCUGAUGUGGAGAAGAUCCCCAAGCACGAUGUUGUCGUCGAGGAUCCUAACCCCACAAUCCACGACCAGCGCAAUCCCCUGCAGAGCGAGCACCACAGUGCCGAGGAAGUCGAAGCCGUGGCGGCGCACUUGAAGCGCUCGCUCGAGCGAAUGGUCAUCAAGAUCUUCACGGAAGCGAGUAAAGCCGCAGCGGCCAGUAGCGGUGUCGACGCCGAGACUGAGCCGCUGAAGGUGCGCUGGGUGGAAGCUUACUUCCCGUUCACGAGCCCGUCGUGGGAGCUGGAGGUCUUUUGGCAAGGGGAUUGGCUUGAGAUCUUGGGAUGUGGAGUUAUCAAGCAGGAGCUAUUGAUUAACUCGGACGUGCCGGACCGGAUUGGGUGGGCGUUUGGACUUGGUAUUGAGCGGAUUGCGAUGCUGCUGUUUAACAUUCCUGAUAUUCGGCUCUUCUGGUCCCGCGAUGAGCGCUUCCUGUCUCAGUUCCGGGCUGGGGAGAUCGCGCGCUUUGAGCCUUUCUCUAAGCAUCCGGCUUGUUAUAAGGAUGUUGCUUUCUGGUUGCCUGGUGCUGCUGUGACUGGUGGUAGCAGUGCUGCUGGGGGCGCGGUGCCUUUCCAUGAGAAUGAUGUAAUGGAGGUUGUGAGGUUGGUCGGUGGGGAUCUUGUUGAGGAUGUUACUCUCAUCGAUGAGUUCACGCAUCCUAAGACUGCGCGGAAGAGCAUGUGUUAUCGCAUCAAUUAUCGCAGUUUGGAGAGGACCUUGACCAACGAAGAGACUAAUGAGAUUGAUCUCAAGGUGCGGGAGAAGUUGGUUGGUGAUCUUGGUGUUGAGUUGAGGUGA